AAAAAAAAAAAAAAAGUGAAAAAAGAUGGAUAUGAAUCAGUUCAUGUCGUUGUUUAAAGGUCAAGAUAUCAAACUACCGGAACAAACAACGACAAAUGAUAAAGUAGAUCCUUCACUUGCCAACCUAGAUUUAUCCAACAUUAGUCAGAAUGUUAUUGAACAAGUCAGAAAGGAAUAUUUAUCAUCAAAAGAACCAGAGAAAACAUUUGAAGGCAUCACAAGUAUUACACCCGAAGUAUUAGUGCAUAUAGCCACUAUGGCAAAGGAAACGGAUCUAUUAAAGAUAAUAAGACAAUGUAAAGAAAGACAAGAUAAGAUAGAAAAAGAGCUGUUUGCUCAUAGAGAAUCCAUAAAACAACGAUAUGAACGACAAAAGCAAAGCAUGCUUGCAAAGUAAAUAGAUUCAAAAAUAGAAUGUGCAUCUAUGCUCAUAUCUUGCAAGAGAAUUAAUAGGAAUAAAGGAUCCAGAAGGAAUGAAAGAAAUUGAAAGAGAAUGCCGUCAAGAAUUACAUAGAAUGGAUUUACACAUCUUGAAGGAAAUGGAUAAGCAAGUAAAGUAUGUACAACAAGAGCUAAGUAAACUAAAGGUUCCAUCCUUUAAAAUAACCAAUGAUCCAAAAGAGAUCAAAUUACAACAAAAAG